AUGGGUGGAAGACAAUCGUCGGUGGCCGAAGAACGUCCGCGAUCGAAUUCGGUGGAUACGGCGCAGGUUUCGGCGCGUCAUCGACCGAAUGUGAUGACGGCGGCGGAGCUGAUGCAAACUAUGCGGAAUGCGCGCAUUUUAAGCUCGUCUUCGGAUUCGAAUGGAAGUGAAGAUGAUGCGGGACCAUCGGCGAUUCAUGGAGCAAGGUUUGUCGGAAAAUGGGGAGGGAUUGGGACAAAAAAAAGCCAAAGAUCUACCUUUUUAAUCGAUUGAAUUUCACAGAUCUCAACUGAGUUAUGACGUCUCAAAGUUUAGAAAAACCCUGGUUUUCCAAGUUAAUAGAGGAAUAAUUCAGAAUUUUCGAAAUUCGGAUAUAAAAAUGAAGCCAGAACCUCUGAAACCAUUGUUUGCAGACAAAUCCGCGGAAUGAACAUUCGAGCGGGUCGAAUACACAGUCAACACAGUCGCCGCUCUGUGCCCGUAUUUAUGAUGGACAUGAAAUGUCCGGUUUGUCACAAAGUUGUGCCAUCCGAUGAUGCUGAUAUUCAUCUUGUUAUGUGCCUUACACGACCCAAAAUUACUUAUAAUGGUGAGUUUUUUUUUAAAUUAAAAACAUAAAUUUCCUAAAUGAAUUUUUGCAGACGAUGUUCUAAAAGAGGACAAAGGAGAAUGCUCAAUUUGUUUGGAAGAUUUGUUAGCCGGAAAUUGUAUCGCACGACUGCCAUGCCUUUGCAUUUAUCAUAAACAGUGGGUUUUUUUGAAUUUUGUCAAAGGAAAUUCUAGUUACAUACGUCGCAUACCCCUGUUUCAAAUCCGCCAGUGCAUACCCCUAUUUUUGAAAAUUUUCGACGAAAGGGAUAACCCCCCUCCUUUUCAUUUUUUUUUAUUUCCAGCUAUGGAAAUCUGAAAAUUUCAAUUGUAUUGAGUUUAAGCUCAGAAUUUACAUCAAUGAGGCAAAUAGUGAAUUUUGAACUUGAGUUAGGGGUAGCACGCCUUUAUUAGACCCUUAUCAACUAUUCUCAACGAUAAAAUCUGAAGAAUUAAGCCUGGUAUCAAGAUGGGACCACUAUGUCAUUUUUCACCUCGGUUAUCAAAGAACACAGGGGUAAAAAGUCAGUAGGGGUAUCUAAUGAAUACCAAUAAAUAUUAGACUUGAGUUAGGGGUAGCAUGCCUUUAUUAGACCCUUAUCAACUAUUCUCAACGAUAAAAUCUGAAGAAUUAAGCCUGGUAUCAAGAUGGGACCACUAUGUCAUUUUUCACCUCGGUUAUCAAAGAACACAGGGGUAAAAAGUCAGUAGGGGUAUCUAAUGAAUACCAAUAAAUAUUAGACUUGAGUUAGGGGUAGCACGCCUUUAUUAGACCCUUAUCAACUAUGCUCCACAAUAAAAUCCAAAGAAUUAAGCCUGGUAUCAAGAUGGGACCACUAUGUCAUUUUUCACCUCGGUUAUCAAAGAACACAGGGGUAAAAAGUCAGUAGGGGUAUCUAAUGAAUACCAAUAAAUAUUAGACUUGAGUUAGGGGUAGCACGCCUUUAUUAGACCCUUAUCAACUAUGCUCCACAAUAAAAUCCAAAGAAUUAAGCCUGGUAUCAAGAUGGGACCACUAUGUCAUUUUUCACCUCGGUUAUCAAAGAACACAGGGGUAAAAAGUCAGUAGGGGUAUCUAAUGAAUACCAAUAAAUAUUAGACUUGAGUUAGGGGUAGCACGCCUUUAUUAGACCCUUAUCAACUAUUCUCAACGAUAAAAUCUGAAGAAUUAAGCCUGGUAUCAAGAUGGGACCACUAUGUCAUUUUUCACCUCGGUUAUCAAAGAACACAGGGGUAAGUAGGUUCUUAUCAACUAUUUCCAAGAAGGGAAGCUGUAUUAAUUUCAAAAACCCUAAAUCAAAUCACCAACUCUGAGAAAAAAAUGUGAUCGUAAUUGUAGAUUACAUUACUAUUCUGUAGAUCGCUGACUUUUAAUGAUAUUGAAAUAUAGAUCGCGGAUUCGAUAAAGUAAAAAACCUUACAGAUUUGAAAUCGAGAAUUUUUAAUUUUGAGAAAUAUGAAAUUUUGUUCAUCCAAGAGAUUAGUUUUAAAAAGAUCAUAUCAAAUCUAGCUAGUUAGAGACACUAAAUAAAUCAAAUUGUUCAACCACAUUGAUCCAUAUUAAUUUUGAAUAACUCUACAUUGUCGCUUAAUCAUAAUUUUUGCAAAUAUUACAGUUACUAACUGUCAGUUGAUAUGUGAAAAAAUGACAUAGUGGUCCCAUCUUGAUACCAGGCUUAAUUCUUUGGAUUUUAUUGUGGAGCAUAGUUGAUAAGGGUCUAAUAAAGGCGUGCUACCCCUAACUCAAGUCUAAUAUUUAUUGGUAUUCAUUAGAUACCCCUACUGACUUUUUACCCCUGUGUUCUUUGAUAACCGAGGUGAAAAAUGACAUAGUGGUCCCAUCUUGAUACCAGGCUUAAUUCUUCAGAUUUUAUCGUUGAGAAUAGUUGAUAAGGGUCUAAUAAAGGCGUGCUACCCCUAACUCAAGUCUAAUAUUUAUUGGUAUUCAUUAGAUACCCCUACUGACUUUUUACCCCUGUGUUCUUUGAUAACCGAGGUGAAAAAUGACAUAGUGGUCCCAUCUUGAUACCAGGCUUAAUUCUUCAGAUUUUAUCGUUGAGAAUAGUUGAUAAGGGUCUAAUAAAGGCAUGCUACCCCUAACUCAAGUCUAAUAUUUAUUGGUAUUCAUUAGAUACCCCUACUGACUUUUUACCCCUGUGUUCUUUGAUAACCGAGGUGAAAAAUGACAUAGUGGUCCCAUCUUGAUACCAGGCUUAAUUCUUCAGAUUUUAUCGUUGAGAAUAGUUGAUAAGGGUCUAAUAAAGGCGUGCUACCCCUAACUCAAGUCUAAUAUUUAUUGGUAUUCAUUAGAUACCCCUACUGACUUUUUACCCCUGUGUUCUUUGAUAACCGAGGUGAAAAAUGACAUAGUGGUCCCAUCUUGAUACCAGGCUUAAUUCUUCAGAUUUUAUCGUUGAGAAUAGUUGAUAAGGGUCUAAUAAAGGCGUGCUACCCCUAACUCAAGUCUAAUAUUUAUUGGUAUUCAUUAGAUACCCCUACUGACUUUUUACCCCUGUGUUCUUUGAUAACCGAGGUGAAAAAUGACAUAGUGGUCCCAUCUUGAUACCAGGCUUAAUUCUUCAGAUUUUAUCGUUGAGAAUAGUUGAUAAGGGUCUAAUAAAGGCAUGCUACCCCUAACUCAAGUCUAAUAUUCAUUGGUAUUCAUUAGAUACCCCUACUGACUUUUUACCCCUGUGUUCUUUGAUAACCGAGGUGAAAAAUGACAUAGUGGUCCCAUCUUGAUACCAGGCUUAAUUCUUCAGAUUUUAUCGUUGAGAAUAGUUGAUAAGGGUCUAAUAAAGGCGUGCUACCCCUAACUCAAGUCUAAUAUUUAUUGGUAUUCAUUAGAUACCCCUACUGACUUUUUACCCCUGUGUUCUUUGAUAACCGAGGUGAAAAAUGACAUAGUGGUCCCAUCUUGAUACCAGGCUUAAUUCUUCAGAUUUUAUCGUUGAGAAUAGUUGAUAAGGGUCUAAUAAAGGCGUGCUACCCCUAACUCAAGUCUAAUAUUCAUUGGUAUUCAUUAGAUACCCCUACUGACUUUUUACCCCUGUGUUCUUUGAUAACCGAGGUGAAAAAUGACAUAGUGGUCCCAUCUUGAUACCAGGCUUAAUUCUUCAGAUUUUAUCGUUGAGAAUAGUUGAUAAGGGUCUAAUAAAGGCGUGCUACCCCUAACUCAAGUCUAAUAUUUAUUGGUAUUCAUUAGAUACCCCUACUGACUUUUUACCCCUGUGUUCUUUGAUAACCGAGGUGAAAAAUGACAUAGUGGUCCCAUCUUGAUACCAGGCUUAAUUCUUCAGAUUUUAUCGUUGAGAAUAGUUGAUAAGGGUCUAAUAAAGGCAUGCUACCCCUAACUCAAGUCUAAUAUUUAUUGGUAUUCAUUAGAUACCCCUACUGACUUUUUACCCCUGUGUUCUUUGAUAACCGAGGUGAAAAAUGACAUAGUGGUCCCAUCUUGAUACCAGGCUUAAUUCUUCAGAUUUUAUCGUUGAGAAUAGUUGAUAAGGGUCUAAUAAAGGCAUGCUACCCCUAACUCAAGUCUAAUAUUUAUUGGUAUUCAUUAGAUACCCCUACUGACUUUUUACCCCUGUGUUCUUUGAUAACCGAGGUGAAAAAUGACAUAGUGGUCCCAUCUUGAUACCAGGCUUAAUUCUUCAGAUUUUAUCGUUGAGAAUAGUUGAUAAGGGUCUAAUAAAGGCGUGCUACCCCUAACUCAAGUCUAAUAUUUAUUGGUAUUCAUUAGAUACCCCUACUGACUUUUUACCCCUGUGUUCUUUGAUAACCGAGGUGAAAAAUGACAUAGUGGUCCCAUCUUGAUACCAGGCUUAAUUCUUCAGAUUUUAUCGUUGAGAAUAGUUGAUAAGGGUCUAAUAAAGGCAUGCUACCCCUAACUCAAGUCUAAUAUUUAUUGGUAUUCAUUAGAUACCCCUACUGACUUUUUACCCCUGUGUUCUUUGAUAACCGAGGUGAAAAAUGACAUAGUGGUCCCAUCUUGAUACCAGGCUUAAUUCUUCAGAUUUUAUCGUUGAGAAUAGUUGAUAAGGGUCUAAUAAAGGCAUGCUACCCCUAACUCAAGUCUAAUAUUUAUUGGUAUUCAUUAGAUACCCCUACUGACUUUUUACCCCUGUGUUCUUUGAUAACCGAGGUGAAAAAUGACAUAGUGGUCCCAUCUUGAUACCAGGCUUAAUUCUUCAGAUUUUAUCGUUGAGAAUAGUUGAUAAGGGUCUAAUAAAGGCAUGCUACCCCUAACUCAAGUCUAAUAUUUAUUGGUAUUCAUUAGAUACCCCUACUGACUUUUUACCCCUGUGUUCUUUGAUAACCGAGGUGAAAAAUGACAUAGUGGUCCCAUCUUGAUACCAGGCUUAAUUCUUCAGAUUUUAUCGUUGAGAAUAGUUGAUAAGGGUCUAAUAAAGGCAUGCUACCCCUAACUCAAGUCUAAUAUUUAUUGGUAUUCAUUAGAUACCCCUACUGACUUUUUACCCCUGUGUUCUUUGAUAACCGAGGUGAAAAAUGACAUAGUGGUCCCAUCUUGAUACCAGGCUUAAUUCUUCAGAUUUUAUCGUUGAGAAUAGUUGAUAAGGGUCUAAUAAAGGCGUGCUACCCCUAACUCAAGUCUAAUAUUUAUUGGUAUUCAUUAGAUACCCCUACUGACUUUUUACCCCUGUGUUCUUUGAUAACCGAGGUGAAAAAUGACAUAGUGGUCCCAUCUUGAUACCAGGCUUAAUUCUUCAGAUUUUAUCGUUGAGAAUAGUUGAUAAGGGUCUAAUAAAGGCGUGCUACCCCUAACUCAAGUCUAAUAUUUAUUGGUAUUCAUUAGAUACCCCUACUGACUUUUUACCCCUGUGUUCUUUGAUAACCGAGGUGAAAAAUGACAUAGUGGUCCCAUCUUGAUACCAGGCUUAAUUCUUCAGAUUUUAUCGUUGAGAAUAGUUGAUAAGGGUCUAAUAAAGGCAUGCUACCCCUAACUCAAGUCUAAUAUUCAUUGGUAUUCAUUAGAUACCCCUACUGACUUUUUACCCCUGUGUUCUUUGAUAACCGAGGUGAAAAAUGACAUAGUGGUCCCAUCUUGAUACCAGGCUUAAUUCUUCAGAUUUUAUCGUUGAGAAUAGUUGAUAAGGGUCUAAUAAAGGCGUGCUACCCCUAACUCAAGUCUAAUAUUUAUUGGUAUUCAUUAGAUACCCCUACUGACUUUUUACCCCUGUGUUCUUUGAUAACCGAGGUGAAAAAUGACAUAGUGGUCCCAUCUUGAUACCAGGCUUAAUUCUUCAGAUUUUAUCGUUGAGAAUAGUUGAUAAGGGUCUAAUAAAGGCGUGCUACCCCUAACUCAAGUCUAAUAUUCAUUGGUAUUCAUUAGAUACCCCUACUGACUUUUUACCCCUGUGUUCUUUGAUAACCGAGGUGAAAAAUGACAUAGUGGUCCCAUCUUGAUACCAGGCUUAAUUCUUCAGAUUUUAUCGUUGAGAAUAGUUGAUAAGGGUCUAAUAAAGGCGUGCUACCCCUAACUCAAGUCUAAUAUUUAUUGGUAUUCAUUAGAUACCCCUACUGACUUUUUACCCCUGUGUUCUUUGAUAACCGAGGUGAAAAAUGACAUAGUGGUCCCAUCUUGAUACCAGGCUUAAUUCUUCAGAUUUUAUCGUUGAGAAUAGUUGAUAAGGGUCUAAUAAAGGCAUGCUACCCCUAACUCAAGUCUAAUAUUUAUUGGUAUUCAUUAGAUACCCCUACUGACUUUUUACCCCUGUGUUCUUUGAUAACCGAGGUGAAAAAUGACAUAGUGGUCCCAUCUUGAUACCAGGCUUAAUUCUUCAGAUUUUAUUGUGGAGCAUAGUUUAUAAGGGUCUAAUAAAGGCAUGCUACCGCUAAUUUAAUUAGAUAUUUAUGUGGAAACUUUUUUGAGGGUUAAAUUGGUAUCCCUAUGGCAGAAUAUGUAGAGAAAAUUAUCAUCAAAACUGAGAAAAUUUCAUAAAAUUUUUUAUCUCAAGUGACAACCCCCUCCAAAAUUUGGUGUCAGGGAUAACCCCUCCACGGGUCGAUUACCCCUGGCAUGCGACGUAUGUCUAGUUAGCUUAACUCUAAACACAAGUUAUAACGUGGCAAAUCUUGAUUUUAACCACGUCAUAGCUCAUGUUCAGAGUUGAAGUCUGAAAAAUUCUGAAAUUUCGUUGAGAUAACUUGAAGAAAUCCUAUAAUUCUUUCCCUAAAGCAAAAAAAAACAAAUUUUCGAUAUGAAAAAGGAUUUAUUAACACAAUUUUCAGAUGUAUCGAUGAUUGGUUCAAACGAAAAAAUUGCUGUCCAGAACAUCCGGGUGACGAUUAA